GUGUUUUCCAAGUUAUUUUGAAACAGUUUCGUCUCGUUUUCACGCUUUCAAUGGACACUCAACACGCGUCUACCUUCGCGUCUUCCUUCACUUUACGGCGCGUCUCCCGUUUCUCCCUACGCAAACCUGCAAGCCUUGAUCACCUCCACCCCACCAGCCCCUUCAUUCAAUAGCAUUUGUCCAUCAUGAGGUACCUCUCUUCCUUUCCUCGCCUCUUUCUCCAAUCCUCUAACCACAUACCUUAUCACAGCGACACCCCACCCCGUCCAUCACCAACCCGUCGCGCAACCCUCGAACCCGCAGCUUCCAUCUCCCCACCAACACACUUCCACCUCCGUCCAUUCCCCGGCGCCGGAGCACGUCCGCAAACGACCGGUUCUCUCUCUUCUAACAUGCUUAAACGGCCCUUCUCCUAUACGCUUUCUUCGCAUGGCGAAGAUCACCUCCUCCCCUCCCAAAAACUCGCACGUCGAUCCCACCCCCAAAAUCACACCUGGCGCUCCAGCACCCUAGCCACCGAGGACGUAAAGACUCCUGAAAUCGAACAAGCUGAGUUCUUACCCACCGAGGUGCGCUUACAGACCCCGCUUGGGUUUGGGACACCGAGGAAUGCUGGAGCGCCGAUUGAGUUUGAGGGGAGUCCGACGUUGAAUUAUAGUCAGCAGUCGCAGGGGUCGUUGAUUGAUGACUCUUCCGACGAAGAGGGGGUAGAAGAAGAGGAAAUGAAUGAGGAGGAGGAGAUGGAGGAUGACGAGGAUGCGUAUACGAAUGGCCCACUCACUCAACAAUCCACCACCGACCUCGACGUCGACGAACCAUACAUCCCAGAAUCGCCCACGCGAGCCCCCCGAAACUUCUCACUUCCUUCACACGCCGUCGACGACUCAGGCUUCUUCUCCGAUCAAGACGAAGACAUUAGUGCAGGUUCAGACGACGAACACGAAGGAGACAAUCUGGAGGAUCAAGUCUUGGGCAGCGCCAAAGAUCUGUUUAGGAUGGUCGAACGGAUGGCAAGGGAGUUGAAGAAGGUUAGGAAGGAGAGGGAUGCGGCGUUGGUGAGGGUUGAGGUGCUGGAGCAGAGAUUGGGGAUGUAGUAGGAGGUGAUCGGGGAGUGGAGUAAGAUGGACACUGUAUUGAUGAUUACACUAGGGACACUUGGCGUUCGUUUGUAUGUGUUGCUGGUCAAUACAUUUUUCUUUACGCGUUUUUAUAUGGUUAUUUUCGAAGGACAUUUCAUAGGAUAGGGAAUCGCACAACAUUGACCCCACCGCAAACACGGA